ACCGAACAGAGAAGCGCUUGGCAGCAGGCCAUAUUUUGUUACACCGCAUUCCGCCUGGGGGCGGUAGUGCGUCAUUCCAUUAAGCUUGUCUGAUACAAGAGGAAGAAGGAAACGCGUCGCUGCUCGUCGGUAGCCUUGGUAAGGUGAAAUGUCAUACUAUUCGUCAUCCCGGAGUUCAUCUCGGGUCACCGAUUGUAAAGUGUAUGUUGGUGACCUGGGCAAUGGUGCCGCCAAGGGAGAGUUGGAGCGAGCAUUUAGUUAUUAUGGUCCACUGAGAACCGUGUGGGUGGCCAGGAACCCACCUGGGUUUGCCUUUGUGGAGUUUGAGGAUCCCAGAGAUGCAGAGGAUGCUGUCAAAGGCAUGGAUGGAAAGAUCAUUUGUGGCUCUCGUGUUCGCGUGGAGAUGUCCAAUGGACUCUCUAAGAAGGGUCGUGGACGCCCCAGCCGUCGCCAAUUUGACCCCAAUGAUAGAUGCUACCAGUGUGGGGAUCGGGGCCAUUACGCCUAUGAUUGCUACCGCUAUAGCAAGAGAGGCCGUCACAGCAGGUCUCGGUCGCGGUCUCGCUCUAGAUCCAGGUCCCGUGGACACCGCUACCGCUCUCGCUCACGCAGUCGUAGUCGCAGCUACAGCCGGAGCCAUCGCAGAUCUCCUUCCUAUUCCAGGCGUAGAAGCAGGUCUGGCUCCCCUGCUCGUUCCAAAUCAAGGACUCCUGCAAGAAGUCGCUCUAGAUCCCGGUCUCGGUCUGGUUCUGCACCCAGAAAGCGCUCUGUCUCUAGAUCUCGCUCUCGAUCUCCAUCAGCUAACCACAAGAGGACCAGCGUGUGGUGGGAGCUGAGCACUGCACAAACACCACAGCUGAUCCCAGGCCCAAGGUCUGCCAGCUGGCGGUGUGUACGUCCUGCGGGAGGGUGACUUAAGAGCUGACCUGAGAUCAGCCUUCGCCUGCAUCUGACCUUAGACAGCGAGAAAGAGGUCGACCUACCGACCGAACCCUCCCCAGAGUGAAUGGGUGACUGUGUUCAACCGACGCACACGCUCAGACGAGAUCAGCCCGCAUACACAUACAGUUCUACUAGAGCCUGCCAGCCUUCAGAUCUACCAGAGGGCUGACCCACACAAAUCAGAGUUUGGCCUUUUAAAAUCCAUUACCUACCUACCAGACCCCCUACCUACCUACCAGAGUUCUUCGCAUCUGUCUUAGCUUCUGAAAGUGAGAGAGAAAGCUGACGAGAGAUCAGUCUACAAGAGCCUUCCGGCGUUGUAGUCAUCCGCCCUUCAGUCCUUUGAUCCUUCGCUUCUCUGUACUUGUUGUUUCUACCACUGCCUUGAAAGGUAACAAAAACCAAACCCCUUGAAAAGCUCAUUUUGAUGGUGAAAACAUUUACAGGCUUGUUAAAAUCGAGCCUUAAACAAGCAUGCUCAGUGCAAAUGUGUGGCUGAAUGUGGAAGUGACUGUUGAUUGAAUGUGUGAAGCAGGCAGGCACCUUGAAAAUGAUAGGAUGAUAUUUUGAGAAUGUCUUUUUAGUUUUCAUGUUUUAUUUUUUUAGUGUUUGAAUAAUUGAAUUGUAAACUUCAAAAAAAGCUAGAGACAGUGUGCUUAUUUCUUUAAUGAGUGCCUAUUUGCCCAUGGCUUUUCAUACAAGUUUAAACCUUGGCAGCUAUUUUUUAACAAAAUUAGUUGCCUGAAUUCUGAAAGAAGGCUCAUUGUAAAUAUUAACCUAAGUUCAGAAAUCAAAAGUGAUUUGAGUUUAGAAAUUGUCAGCAUUCUUUCAGUUAUGAGUUCUAAUGAGAUUUUUAUGUCAUUUCUUUUUUUCUCGCUAGCCUUUGUUUGUGUGUCCCCUAUGGCAAACUAAUUUUCAUCCGUUUCUGUUUCAGCCGCUCCCGCUCAGCAAGUCCAACCCGAAGCCCCACACCUGCAGAAGACUGAGUGAUGAAGACUUAGUUUCCACCCCACCCACCACUAUUUCCCAAAAAAUAAAAAUAAACAUGCCCCUAAGCCUGUCUGCUUUUACAGCCUACAGCUGUUUAUUUUCUGUAAUUGUCUGCCUAGUCCCAGAAUUAGGGGUGGUUAUUUGCCCCAGGACUGAGAUCUCUGUGCAGUUUUAGAAUUGCCAGGAACGUUGAGUUUAUAUAGCAUACAGAAAUGUGAAUGAAGAUUGUUUUAAUUGUUUCUGCUGCUCAGUUGGUAACUUUGUCCCAGGGAGAGGUGUGGCUCGAGGCAACAUUUGAAUUUGAGUUUUAACAAAUAUUUGCAGUAAAAUUUUAAGAGGACAUUUAUCAAAAAGCUUUGUAUUCCCCAAGUUCUACAGAUACAAUUUCACAUUACAAGAAUUUGAGUUCUAGAUAAAAUGAUCAAAGUGUGGCUUUGCAAGUUUGUAUUUGGAUAUAAAAAUUGUUUUGUUCACCCAGGUUGGAGGAUACAGUUGCUUCUUGCAUGCAUUCAAAUAAAAUGUCACAUUUUUUUCUGCUUUUUACAAGUUUGAGUUUUUCUCCAUUGUGUUGAAUGAGUUCCCCCUGUGUUAUUUGGUUUUUCAUAUUUUAAAAUACAAAUAAGUGCUUAAUAUCUUUCUGCAGGGGUUACUGUAAUUUGUUUUACUUUGUUGUGGUAUAUGGCUCAUCUGGUAAGUGUGGUAGCUAAAUUUUUAAUAAACGCCUUCAACAAUG